UUGGUUUGGAGUCGGCCACUAUCCACACUACCAGCUGGCUCUCCUAAACUACCACCACACAGCGUGCCACCCACCCUCUCUCUACCCCUUGCGCUUCGUUGCAAUCCCGCCAGCUCCCCCGCCACAGCCUUUCCAACUUUCCAACUCCCGAUCCCCUCCAAUCGAUUCUGAAUUUGCCGCCUUUAUAUUUUCUGCCGCAACAAUGGCCGGACGCUUUGUUCGAGCGUCGAAGUACCGACACAUCUUUGGAAAACCCACGAGGAAGGACUCUUGCUACGAUAACCUGCACAUCAGUCGCAAUGCCUGGGACACAAACUUGAUCAAGGUUAACCCCGACUAUCUCUCUGUAAACUGGGAUUCUUCUGGUGGUGGUGCCUUUGCUGUUAUUCCCCUGGAGGAGCGAGGCAAGCUCCCUGACCAGAUUCCCCUGUUCCGAGGACACACUGCUGCUGUGCUAGAUACCGACUGGAACCCGUUCAACGACCGCAUUGUCGCCUCUGCUUCCGAAGAUGGCAAGGUUUUCGUCUGGGAGGUGCCCCAGGACUUUACUCUUUACACAGAUGCCGAAGAAAUCACCGACGUUGCGCCCGUUCUCAAACUUGGUGGCCAUUCCAGGAAGGUUGGACAGGUCCUUUUCAACCCCGCCGGCGACAACAUCUUGGCAUCCGCCUCGGGCGAUCUUACAAUUAAGCUGUGGGACAUUACUACCGGCCAGGCCCCUCUGACUCUGCGCCAUUCCGACAUUGUCCAGAGUCUGAGCUGGAACGCCAGCGGCGAUUUGCUCGUCACCACCUCGCGUGACAAGACGAUCCGUGUGUGGGAUGUUCGUCAGGAAAAGCCUGUCCAUGAGGCUCAGGGCCACCACGGCGCCAAGAACAGCAGAGCCGUCUGGAUGGGAGAGCAUAACCGUUUCGCCACCACUGGUUUCUCAAAGAUGAGCGAGCGCCAGAUCGCCCUCUGGGAGCCUGGAAGGAGCGAGCCCAUUGGUGGAUUCACCAUGAUUGAUUCCAUCUCUGGUGUUUGCAUGCCCUUCUGGGACGAAGGCUCCAACUGUCUUUACCUUGCUGGUAAGGGCGAUGGUAACAUCCGCUACUACGAAUAUGAAAACGACAAGUUCGAGUACUUGAGCGAGUACAAGUCGGCCGAUCCUCAGCGCGGUAUGGCUUUCCUGCCCCGCCGUGGCAUCAACGUCCACGACAACGAAGUCAUGCGAGCCUACAAGACCAUCAACGAUACGUACAUUGAGCCCAUCUCUUUCACCGUGCCCCGCCGAGCCGAAACUUUCCAGGCCGAUAUCUUCCCUCCUGCUAUUGGUACCAAGCCAGUAUGCGGAUCCAAGGAUUGGUUCAAUGGCAAGACUGGCAUCCCGGCCAAGAUUGACUUUGCGAGCAUCUACGACGGUAACGCCCCGAAGGAAGUUGCUUCGGAAUACAAGCCUCAGUCUGUCGUCUCUUCUCCGGUCAAGGCUACACCUGCUCCUAAGGAGGAGCCAAAGAAGGAGGAGCCUAAGCCCGUUGCCACCCGUGGCCCAGUGCCGUCGAUGAAGGACCAAAAGUCGUCCAUUUCCAACCUUGCUAGCAAGUUCCAAGAUGACGAGGAGGACGAAGACGAAGGAGAUGACGACGAGACGUCGAGCUUUGAAGAAAUCUCGCGCCCGGCCCAAAGAACAUUCCAGCCUAACCCCAAGGCACCUGUGGCCUCACAACCUAGAACCCCCGCCUUUGCCACAAGGCAGAGUGCUCCCAUCACCGCUGGCCCAUAUCCCGAUACUCCUGCUGCCUCUUCCACCCCUGUCUCGAAGACCGCUCCCUCGACUGCAUCCUCGGGUAGCGUUGAGGCUUCCCUGGAGCAGAUCAAGGCUCUCAUCGAAACCCAGACCAAGGUCAUCACCGCGCAGAACGAAAAGAUUGCGCAGCUGGCCAGUGAAGUCGAAUCCCUCAAGCGAAAGAUUGGCUCGGGAUCCCAAGAUCAGAGUGAACGUAUCCGCCAGCUCGAGCUGGAAUUGGAGCAAGCGCGUUCUUAAAAUUAUGAAAUUCAGGAAAUCAUCGACAUGGGGAGGUUACUUGGGGACACUAGAAGCUUUGCAGGUAGAACAGAAAAAACGCUGCCCAUGUUGACCGACGCCACCCCUGGAGGUGGGUAUAAGGCAAUGGUAUACAAUGGGCAGCCUGUAUGAUUGUGACGGCUGUGAGGGGGUUUCUUUAUUUUUUUAGUUUAUGCAGCUCUUUCAAUAUAGCGACCUUGGAACACACUUGACUAAAAACGCGACCACCUUAACCGGACUACGUCGAAACGGGUCCUUAUGCGGACUGUGUAUGUUGCCUCUUUGGGAUGCACAGCGUCGUAGUAGGAUAACUAAAAUUAUAUACAACUUUCAUAUAAAUACAAGUCAGUUGAUUUUUUCUGGGCCCAUUUUUCAACCCCCAUUAGGCAAUUUACACAGGGAGUUUAGGGAGAACGCACAGGGCCGUUAAGGUAAACCGCUCGUGUCUUGAAGUGGUGUCGCUUGUCUGCGUGCCAGCUACCCUACACAUUCUAGACGCGCGUAGCAAAUAGUCGUCUACUUGAUAAAGGCUUUGAAAUACCUUUUAGCAUAAUUAUAUGGUGUUUUGAAUGACUAAUUCGUAUGAUUAUUGCGUUUAAUGGCUGAAAUGUGGUCAUUAUAUCCAUCAGUUCUCAAAUCGCCACUCAACGGGCAGCGAAUCGUACGGUAGGGAGUGAGCGUGUUCUUCUUAAUCGACGUGAUUAUGUUAUCAACUCUCCAAAGACAGUAUAUAAUCAUACAAGGUAAAUUUGAUAGACGAAAGAAAAAAUCGUCGACUUGUUC